AUGGCCAAGAAGAUCAUCACCAUUGUGGGCGUGACUGGCAGCCAGGGCGCCUCUGUUGCCGACGUCUUUCUUCAGGAAGGGGGAUGGCAUAUCCGUGGCAUUACUCGUGAUCCGAACAAGCCGUCCAGCCAAGUCUGGGCCGACAAAGGCCUCGAGCUUGUCAAGGCCGAUAUUAACGAUGUUGACACGCUGGAGUCGGCCUUUGCUGGAUCAAACGUGAUUUUCAGCGUCACUGAUUUCUGGGCAGUCGUGUAUGACCCUAAAACACAAGCCUUGGCAGCGUCAACUGGACAGACUGAGACAGAAAUCGCCUACGAGGCUGAAAAGAAGCAAGCUCGUAACAUCGCAUGCGCCGCGUAUGCUACGAUUGACACUUUGGAUCGACUGGUUUUCUCGACUCUGUCGCAUACGCGAAAGUGGAGUGACGGCAGGUACACACACAACCUCCACUUUGACGCUAAGUGGGAGGGUGUUGAUCAUCUCAAGGCUACCUAUCCAGCGCUGGAUAAGAAGACUUCGUAUCUGCAGGUUGGUCUUUAUGUGACUAAUUGGAAGAAGGGUCUUCAUAUGGCCCGGCCAACCAAGCAACCUGAUGGUACUUUUCGUUUCAGUCUUCCUACAGAUGGCGACGCACCUGUUCCAUUGGUGGAUGCACGGGUCGACACAGACGCCCAAGGUAAAUUCACGAAGGCUCUCGUCCAGGUUGAACCGGGCAAGAAUUUGCUUGGCUACGGCAGCUUAAUCAGCUGGAACGAAUUUGCAGCUCUGUGGGGGAAGGUCCAUGGUGUGACCUGCCUCUAUGAGCGCGUCGACCGUAAAGUCCUUGAGGAAGCUGUUCCUGGUUGCGUUGGUGAGGAGCUUGCAGACAUGUUUGAGUAUAUUGGAGACUUUGGAUAUGAUGGUCGUGAUCCAACCGUUUUCCAUCCGGAUCAGCUUGGCGUUCAUAUUCCGGUAUGCACGAUGGAGGAGUAUAUUAAGGGAGAAGACUGGCCUGAGGUCUAA